ACUCGCUCGCGUGGUCGUGGCCAUCGUUAGCUAGUCUCUUUCCUUUCCUCAGCCGCCAUUUCGCUAGCCUCCGUCACUUUCAUCUCGCCGUACCGCCACUUCCACUCCAGAUUUUACUUCUCACUCAAUGAAAUCUCAAAUCUCGUCUCCUUUUCCUGCAAAUUCUAAACAGCACUCGGAACACAUAAUCGAUUUUAAGGCGACGCAGGGGAUACGUUCGGAGAUAUUAGGCAAACCGUUGGCGGUGGAGCCUCCUCUGCUUUGAGGAUACGAUCUGCAUUGUGUGCAUCUACAACUUACUCCGCUGAUGCAAAACAGAUGACAAUAGGAGAAGCUCUCAAUUCUGCACUAGAUGAAGAAAUGUCUACAGAUCCUAAUGUCUUUCUAAUGGGGGAAGAGGUUGCCAGGUUGGUGAAUUUCAGGGUGCAUUCAAGAUUUCUUGCGGAAGUAGGGUCCCAAGAGAGUUCUUGACACUCCAAUCACAGAGGUUGUUGAUACUUCAUACUCAAUGAAAUUGUGCCUGUUCUUUUUUGCACACUAGUUUUAUUCUCUUUCUUUAGUCUAAGGCUUUACCUGUUUUGAAGGCUGGUUUUUGUUGGAAGAAAAUGUGGUUGAAGUAUUAGCUUGUGAAGAGUGUGAUCCUGAGGUGAAGCAAAACAAUCAAAGAUGGAUUUUGGA